AUGCAGCCAGCUUCAAUAUUUAAUGGAAAAUAUAUAGUUUAAAAGAAGAUAUCAUCUGGAUCUUUUGGAGUAGUUCUAUUGGGACAUGAUAAGGAUAAGAAUAUAGAUGUGGCAAUAAAAAUAGAGAAGGAAGAGAAUGAGGAUGUGCGUUCUUUAGAAAGGGAAGUUCAAGUGUUGGAAAGAUUAAAUGGAAUUGAGGGAGUUCCUUAAUUAUAUUGGCAUGGUGAGUAGGAUGAUUAUAAUAUUAUUGUUAUGUAAAUUUUGGGAAAGGAUUUAGCAUAUUAUAUGAAAAGCAAAAAGAAAUUUUCAUUUAAAACAGCAAUCUAAUUAGGAAUUUAAAUAGUAAAAGUUUUAGAGAGGAUUCAUAAUAAGGGAGUUGUACAUAGAGAUUUAAAACCAGAGAAUAUAUUAUUUGGGAUUGAUGAUGAAUGUUCUAAAAUUUAUGUGAUUGAUUUUGGAAUUAGUAAAAUAUUUCGAGAUAAAAAUGGAAAGAUUCAGUAAUAUUCAAUAAUAUAGACAGUCCUUUUCGUGAUAAUACAUCUUUUAUAGGAACGACUAGAUAUGCUUCUAUAGCUGCACAUAAGGGUUAUGAAUUGAGUAGAAAAGAUGAUAUUGAAUCAUUGAUUUAUGUUUUGUUAUACUUUAUGAAAGGGUAAUGGAAUUGUGAAUUAUAAAAAGUCUAGGCAGUUACCAUGGCAAAAUAUGUAGAAUGUCAGUGAUGAAGAAAGAACAGUUAAAGUAGGAGAAUUGAAGAUGUCCAUAGAUCCUAGAGAAUUAUGUAAAGAUGUACCAAUUGAAUUUGCUAUAAUACUUGAGUAAUUAUUUCAAUAAUAAUUUAGAUAUCUUAAAUAAUUGGAAUAUUAAAGUGAACCUAAUUAUAAUUUUGUGUAUUAAUAGUUUGAAAAAGCUGCAAGUAAUUUGUGUAUUUAAUUGGAUUAUUCUUUUGAUUGGGAUUAGUAAUAACCAAUGAAAGUAUCAUAAAAUACUCAUUCAGAAAUUAUGCAAAGAUCUACUACUUUGAAUUAACAAUUAUAAUUACCAUCUACAGGCGAAAUGAAAAAAUCAUUAGAUAAAUAAGGAAGCAAUCUGAUCAGAUAGUAUAAAUCCAUAUAAAUCUGAUUAGAAUGAGUAAUAAUCAAUUCUUAGCUCCUCCUCCAUCUAAUUAGUUACAACCUCAUACACUAAAAAGACAAGAUUCAUCUCAAUAACCAAGUAUAGUAUCAGGCAGUGUUAUGUUGAGUACAUAUAAUUCAAUAAGACCAAUAUAUUAAUCAUCAUAGCUUGGUGUUGAUGUUAAGCUAAGUGUGGAUACAAUGCCUAAAGAAUUAAAUUAAGAAUAGAGGAAAGCAAUUGAUCCAGCAUAAUAGAAAAAUGUUCAAAAUCCUUAUACUGAAACAGUUGGAUGGAAGGAUUCAAUUUUUGAGGAGAAUUUUGAUGAAAUACCGUUAUCUAAAAAAUAUGGAAUGCUUUAAUAGAAAGGUGUUGAUAUGUAGAAAAAUAUAUUAUUUAUAAUUAGGUAUAGAAAACCAAUGCAUUCUAGUGCUAGUCCAAAUAGACAAAAGAAAAAAAAUUGA